UCGCUCUCGCGUAAUAUUUAUUCAGAUCGCGCGAGAGAAAGACAAGUAGAACAUGGCGUUUACAAGUGAUUCCUUGGAAUUGGCAAUAAUCGAGUCUCUCUCUUGACGUUAUUACUUCUUUUUUUUCUAUUUUCAACGAUGAUUCGGCCAGUGAAAAAAAGCUGAACGUUAGAAGGUCAAAAAACUGCGAAUGUGAGUCAUGAUUCUGCAUUAAAACUAUGACUGUGUGUUUCAUCGAGUGGCAUUAUGCAGAAGAUUAAAAGUGACGUUUUGUUUCAAUAACAUACGUAAAAACGGAUUACUUAUUUGUAUACAUUUUUGCCUUUGAGGCAAAAUGUCUUUCUUCGGAUGGAGCAAAAGAGACGAUCAAGAUGCCAACUGUGCCACAGACAAUGGCGCUGGACGUGAUUUACAAGCUGGCCUCUUUCAAAUAGCCCAUCAAGCUUGCCACAUCCUCGUGCAGGUAAACAACACACACAACGUCUCGUACGGCGGCAGCAACAGCGUGACGAACGUCUCGGCCUACAGCUCCUCGCACCAGUACACCGCGAGCGCAGGCAGUGGUGGCGUCGAGGCGGGCACUCGGGCGGGCUCCGGGGGCACCGUGGUCGCGACUACCUGCUCCUCCUCGUCGUCUUUGUCCUCGCCGUCGGGGGUCUUGUACGGCAGGAAUGUCGGCGGCGGCGGCGGUGCCGACGGCCGCAUCAAGGACCAAGACGUCGUCGUGCUCCUGCCUCCCGGCAAGUCUCGGACACCCCGCAUCAAGCACAAGCUUGCGACUGUUACAGAAAACGCUCGUUUAGACGUAAGUACUCCUUCAUAUGACGAUGACUUGGAUUUCUGGGAUCAAUCGGGUUUCAUGUUGAGGAAUGACUUCGACGAUCCUCUCAAUCACGGAAGAUGGGGCGGCCAGGAGUGGUGCCGACCGAGCUGCAUACCCAUCACCUUCAUCCUCGUGCUCAUCGUGCUCGUCGUGCUGCUACCGCUGCUCGAUCACGCGCCGGAAAAGUCGAGCCUCAACGCCACUUAUCUGGCCAACGAGAGCGUCAUGUCGCAGCGCAUGAGCGACUGUCGCCUCGGACUCGUGGAGUCCAUACCGAUCGGCCUCGCCUAUCCGAACGGCUCGGCCGAUCACCCGACGACCUUCGCCACCUGGAUGGACCUGAUCGGCAUGGCCCGCAACAGCGUCGAGAUAGCCUCGCUCUACUGGACGAUGAACCGCGAGGACAUUUAUCCGGACGACAGCGCCUACGAGGGCGAGACCGUGCUCAAGGCCCUGCUGGAGGCGGGCCGCGAUCGGGGCAUAGCUCUGAGGAUAGCCCAGAACGUGCCGAGCGAGCUGAGCCCCAACAUAAACACCGAGUACUUGGCGAAAAAGGCCAAUGCCGUGGUACGCAGUUUGAAUUUUGCCGCACUCAUCGGCGGUGGAGUGCUGCACACGAAGCUCUGGCUGAUCGACCGUACCCACGUUUACCUUGGCUCGGCGAACAUGGACUGGCGCUCGCUCACCCAAGUCAAGGAGCUGGGCAUCGUCGCCUACAACUGCUCCUGCAUCGCCAACGACCUCGCGAAAAUUUUCGACGUGUACUGGAAAUUGGGCGAAGAUGGCAAAGUACCGGCCACUUGGCCGAAGGCCCUGUCGACUAGAAUUAAUAUGGAAAAUCCCAUGGCGUUCGUGCUCAAUGGAAACAAAUACAGAACUUUCUUCGCGAGCUCGCCACCGCCAUUCUCACCGGAGGGUAGGACCGGCGACAUCGACGCCAUCCUGCGCUGCAUCGAGAGGGCCGAGAAAUUCAUUUAUGUCGCGGUGAUGGACUACUUCCCGCUGAUGAUGUAUACGCCGAAGCGCAUGUACUGGCCGGUGAUCGACGACGCCCUCAGAGCGGCGGCGAUCGAGCGCAAGGUCGAGAUCAGGCUGCUCAUUAACAAGGGCCGGUACUCGGCCGCGUCGGAGGACUACUUUCUCAAGGCCUUGGAGGAUCUGACCAAUAGCUUCAGCAACGUCAAAAUCGAAGUGAGGAGAUUCACCGUACCGACGAACGCCUCGUUCGACAAAAUUCCCUACUCACGAAUUUACCACAACAAAUUCAUGGUGACUGAGACGACGGCCUACAUCGGUACGAGCAAUUGGUCAGGCGAUUAUUUCACCACGACCGCCGGAAUCGGCGUGAUUUUCGAGGAUGCGGACCCGCGCAACGACAACAGCAUACGGGACCAAUUGGAGGCGGUCUUCGUGCGUGACUGGACGUCGGACUACGCUCAUCCGCUAAACGCAUCGUGCGAGAAUCUGCUCAUACCCAAAAAAACGCUACUGAGGUCGCAGAUCGUGCCGCCGCUGCAGCACCAGCAGAGCGAAUCGAAUUAUUAAGAUCGAUCGAUGAUCGCGAGACGUCGUCGUCGAUCGAUUAAAAAAAAACAACAAAAUACUAAAACGUUACUUCUUGUGGAGCUUCCUACAUUGAGCAUAUAUGUAAUAUGUAUAAUCUUAUUUGUAUAAGGAUUGUGAGAGAGAAAUAGUUCACCUGCGCGCGAAUCGCGAUUGUAUCAUACACACCACGUGCCUACACAAACAGAUCCGUACAAGAUUCAAAACAAUCGCUCACGAGAAAGUGAGAAGGACAAGCACAAAAAUUCGCUCCUGACUUGUGAGAAGAUUUACUAUUAUACUUUCCGUUCUCGAGUGCGCGGGCCCGCGAGGAAAGAGUCGUCGUUAAAGUCCUUUCGAACAACACUCGACCGGCCGGACGGUUAUUAUCGCGCGGCGUGCAGAUAUUUUUCGCGAGCCUCUGCGAAGCUCGAUGAUUCGACGGAUUGUAAUUAUUUUACUUUGAUAUAUCCUUUUGUUUCAAACGAUAUUUGCGUGUGUGUACCGAAUCAUUGAAUCGAAAGUCGGAGAGCAAGUUUAAGUAUACAAUGUGUAUCAUAAUGUGCAAGAUCCCGAGGUUUUCCAUGAGUUCAUUGUUAAAUACUCAAUUUUUUUGUAUCGUAUAUAAAGUUGACAAAUAAAACCAUGCACACAAGCGUCGAUAUGCAUAUACUCCCAAAUGUAAACAUUGCAAUAUACUAC